UUACGUUGAGCAGGAGACGUGGAGGAGAGAGAGAUUACCCUUGCUGUUGUGCGUAUAAACUUUUGAGGAUACAACACAAGCAGACAGACAGGCAGGCUCCCACUUUGUUAAAUCCUUGUCAAUCCCCUCGCCUCGCCUCCCCGACUCUCUCUCUCUCUCUCUCUCGCUCUGCCGACUAUAAUAAGCUCUGCCAGCCGAACCCGCUGAACAUUCCAUCCGCCAGUACUGGACUAGUACAGAGUAGCAGCCAGCAGCAAGAUCCAGCCACCGUCAUUCCUGCUGCUGCUGCUGCGACGGCAGGCGGCCCCGACAGAUCUCCUGAGCCCCCUGCUGUCCCGGCAAUGGAGCUCUUCCAAGGGGAGGAGCCGGCCCACGACUUCCUCUCGCUCCGCGCCGGGGGCUCGUCGGCGUUCCAGCACAGGCAGCGCUCCGGCCAGCAAGCCAUGAAGUCGCUUGAGUCAGCCAACGGCGGCGGCACGGCAGGGGGUGCCGGCGAUGGCGCGGCCAGCUCCGCGGCAGGUUUGGGGCAGCACGUGCUGCCGGGCGGCAUCGGGACCUUCAGCAUCAGGCAAUUGCCUGACGCUCAGCCGAGGGAGGAGGCUGGCACCGGCAGGGAACCGUCUGUUUCGGUCUCUCACGGCUCGAGAAUGGAGAUUGCGCAUGAAGCACGGUCUGGAAUUAUGGUUCACAGUGCUCCACCAACACCCACGAUGUGGCAAGAUUCUAGCACCGACAAUAAGAGAUCUAGAGGGUCGAGAGCAGAGGGGAGAAGCAGCGGCAGCAGCGCCGAUCAGGAUCCCAGCAGCCCGAGAUCAAAGCAUUCCGCUACCGAGCAGCGACGGAGGACCAAGAUAAAUGACAGGCUUGACAUACUCCGAGACCUCCUGCCGAACUGUGAUCAGAAGAGGGAUAAAGCUUCUUUCCUUCUGGAGGUCAUUGAAUACAUACGGCUCUUGCAAGAGAAAUGCCAAAAAUAUGAGUCAGGCAUUCCUGAACAGAACGACGUCGAUGCCAACUGCAUGCCAUGGGACAAAGUGUACUACAGAUCACGUUGGAGGAACACACAGAACAUCAGUCAAGUCCAAGGAGGAGGCUUAUCAGCUACCACAGAGGACAUGAACAAAGAGCAAUACAGUUCCAAAGGCAUUGCAAGUGCACCUGCUGCUUCUCUCUUCAACACACAAAGUGCAAGAGAAAUCAGCACAGCCCCCGGUUCCUCCCAGAACAUAGCAGAGAACAGUAUGCCUACCAAUCAGCUACCGUGGCUAAGUAUGUCAACCAUGAACCAAAACUGUGAUGCAAGCAACGGACUGCUAAGCAAGCAUGAUACACAAAUGCCGCAAGAUGACAGCCAGAGUCUUUCUAGUGCUUACUCCCAAGGGUUGUUACACAAACUGAAAGAAGCUCUACAGAAGUCGGGGGUAGACCCAUCUCAAACUAAAAUAUCCGUAGAGAUCAAUAUGGAUAGACGGGCCAGAGCCAAUGCUCAUAUACAUGACAGUUCAAAGGCUAACGAAGGCAAAGAACCUGUCCAGGUAGCCAAGAGACUCCGGUGCGACUGAAGCUACAUCUCCAUCCCGCACUAGACAAUUCAUUCAUCGUGAAGUUCAGACAAGGACUUUGCAGCAGCAUGACCGCAACUGAUGCAAUUCUUUUAUUUAUAUUGCAGUUACAUUUUACUAACCUAAGCUUCAUUCAUAUACCAAGGAAAGCUGCUAUUGGGAGAGCAGCAGAAUUCUUCCAGAUUUUCUUAUUGCUGAUUUUGUAAAUGCAGUUCAGAUUCUUGUACAAUGUGUGUGUAUUUCUCCCUCAUUCAACUCAUUUUUUUCUUUUGUUAUUAUAGAAGAGGUCCUAGGAUGCAGCUUGUAUCGAAAGCUAUAAUAACAAUUCAACUGAUUUGUCAUA